UUUGCUCUCAAUUGUAAAAAGAGUAAUGGAUAACAUCUGAAAAGCUCGUUGUUGCCAAAGGAAAAUUUGGAGGAUUUUCCAAUUUUCGAUUCCAAAUAGGAGCGCGUGAUACAUUUCUCCGGUUAGGUGGUGGUAUUUCCAGUUUCCACUGUACAUAUCAUUUACCAUCAAAGGGAUUUGUUAUCAACUGUGAUUCUGCAUUACCUAAUUGCAAAUGAUCUCAAAGGUGAGACCCGUGUUUCUGAAAUUCAUAUCUGAGCGAGCCACAAAUUCAUCCAAUUUCAAGAAGUUUUCGUGCAGGGCCUUCAAUCCUAUUCAUUCCCGUAGUCAUGGUUUUAGUCCUGCGUACUCUCUUUAUGGAAACGACUCGCACGCCUUCCCUGGUUAAGAGUUUGAACUUACAAACUCAAUCAACAUCCGCAACAGAAGCAGGGCUUCUUUCUUCUGCAGCAACAGUAGUAAUGGUACUUCUGCUUCGGAUUGUGCAAGAAGUAUUGAUUGUGGAAUUUCCAUGGUCCAGGGAGCUUCCAGAGGAAUUGGACUUGAAUUUGUUAGGCAACUAUUGGAGAACCAAGAUAAAGGACAUGUAAUUGCAACUUGUCGGAAUCCUAAUGGAGCCGUAAGCCUUCAGGAAUUGAAAAUCAAAUUCCCAGAGCGCCUAAACAUACUACAGUUGGAUGUGACAGAUGAGAGCACUAUCGAGGCGUCGGCAAAAUGUGUACAAGAAAGAUACUGUUCAUUAAACCUCCUCAUAAAUGCGACCGGUGUACUGCAACCAGAAACAACGUUGAGCCAAGUAGAGAAGUCAUCUCUACUACUAGCCUACGAGGUCAAUGCAGCGGGCCCCAUCUUAGUGAUUAAGCAUAUGUGGCCCCUUUUAAAGAAGGGAGGGGGAUCUGGGACUGGACGAGAUGUUGCCGUUGUGGCAAACUUAAGCUCUAGAGUGGGUUCUGUAGGUGACAGCCUCUUAGGAGGAUGGCAUUCAUACCGAUCUUCGAAAACUGCACUUAAUCAGUUGACGAAGACUGUAUCUGUGGAAUUUGGGCGCAAGAAAGAUCCGAUAGCUUGCAUCUUAUUGCAUCCUGGUACAGUGGAUACAGAUCUGACGAAGCCCUUCCAGAAAAAUAUUGCCGAAGGAAAGUUGCUCACCAGAGAAUUCUCUGUUCAAGCUCCUAGGCAUCAUCAACAGCGUGAAGAGCUCUGACAAUGGUAAAUUCUUUGCUUGGAAUGGUCAAGAAAUUCCUUGGUAAUUCAGUAUUAAUUUUUAUUUGUUUAUUUGAAUUAUAUUAUAAUAAUUGAGCAACAGUAUGACUGAGCAUCACACAACCAGUCUGACCUUCAAUGAGUUAUUGUUUUCUUAUUUUGCUCUGCAAUGUAGUAAAACUGUAACUUCUUAGAAUGUUAUUACCUGUGA